AUGGCCCGUACCAAGCAAACUGCCCGCAAGUCCACAGGAGGUAAAGCUCCUCGCAAGCAGCUCGCGACGAAAGCCGCACGCAAGUCAGCACCUACAGCUGGCGGUGUCAAGAAGCCGCAUCGUUACCGACCUGGUACGGUCGCGCUUCGCGAAAUUCGCAAGUAUCAAAAGUCGACAGACUUGCUGAUUCGCAAGCUGCCAUUUCAGCGUCUAGUGCGCGAGAUUGCACAGGACUACAAGACGGAUCUGCGCUUCCAGUCUACGGCCAUUUUGGCCCUGCAAGAAGCAUCAGAGGCUUAUCUAGUAGGCCUUUUUGAGGAUACUAACCUUUGUGCUAUCCAUGCCAAACGUGUGACUAUCAUGCCAAAGGACAUCCAGCUUGCCCGACGUAUUCGUGGCGAACGCACAUAA